AUGGUCAUUGAGCUUGGUAGAUUGAAUUCUCUGUCUCUGUCUCUGUCUCGCUCUCGCUCUCGCUCUGAACAGAAUGGACACAAGCUUCAUAAGGCAGUCUCUGAUGUUUCCCAUAAAAUAGAUAAAACUGGUAAUGAGUUGGAAGCCAUUGUUAAAGCUGAAGAAGUACUGGAGCAAGCAGAAUGCGAAUGUUGUGGCCUCAAAGAAGACUGCACUCCAGACUACAUACAAAAUAUCAUGGAUUCUCAUUCGGAUAAAUGGGUUUGCGGACUUUGUUCAGAAGCUGUGAAAGAAACACUAAUCAAAGAACCAACAAUAGUUAUUGAAGAAGCUGUAACCACUCACAGAAGUGUUUGUGAAGAGUUCAACAAUACUAGACUCAACCCAAAGCUUUCGUUGACAUAUGCAAUGAGGAGUAUAGCAAAGAGAAGCCGUGAGAAUAGAAAUUCUCCAAACAACUCCACAUCAAUGAUUGGUCGAAGAAAUUCAGUAUAA